AUGGAGUCCUCCAAAGAAACAUCCUUUCCCCCUGCCAGCGAUAUCCCCCUCCAUCGAAACGCGCCCCUCGCACCUUCGCAAGAGCUUGCGUAUCGGAAAAAGUGCAUUCAACUCAAGAGACGGCUUGCCGAGAUUGAAGCCAACAACGACUCGACGCGCAAGAGAAUCACACAAGAAAAAGAUCAUAUCAAGAAGCUACGCUUGCUGCGUGCCAUCCUCCUCAAUAACUUGCAGGAAAUCAUGAGCACUCCCGCGAAGAAGUUGACCCCCGAGCAGCUUGAGAAGAUCGGUGUACUCUCCAACGGCAGUACGGAUCUAGCUGAACUUGCGGGCACCGGCAUAACUCAGGAGUCUCGUAAUCCUAGACCUGACGGGGAAGGAUUGCUCGACGACAGCACAGACGAAAGUGAGGAAGAGGAACCUGAGCCUGCAGAAAGACCCGAACGCCGAAGAAGAGUCAACAACAACUACCGUGAAACCAUCAUGAACGCCAACGCUCCAGGCGAGUCCGCAUCGACCGCGUAUCAACAGCAAACUUUACCCAACCUUGCUCCUGCAAGCUCAUUUUCCCCCGCCCGUCCACACGACCAUACAGGCCUGACUUCGUCAUUCCGUGUCUCGUCUGGCACACCUCACGCCGCAGGAACAUCCAGCUCUUAUCCACCCCCUGCUGAAAGUUCUCACAACGGAGGAUCUUCACCAAUUUACGCCGGUGAUCCACGCGCCGUUUACUACGGACCAGGUGACAUCAAGCCCAUCCGGCCUGACCCCCCUUAUGUGCAAUUCACAGCACAUAUGACACCACAACUGGCAGCCAAUGGCGAACAUCCAGACGACAUUCCUGACAGAAUUCAAUCCGAAUGGGAUGAACUUACUCCAGACAACCGAAAACUCUGGGAAGUCCGGUAUCAAGAGCAAAUGGCAGAGUACACGGCUGCAAUGGAUAUCUACAAGAGAGCAUCACGACGUGAUACUUCGAGCGGGUUUGCCGGUCCUUCAUAG